AUGACUAGAGGUGUUGGAGAGGCUAAGUCACUAUGGGAAGUGAUCUGUGUAUGUGUCUUUUAUAACAACACACAACUUCAAACAGAUAAAAACAUAAAUUGUAGCCAAUCCUCUUUGUGUCCUGGCCGAUUUCUGUCCUCAGAAGCCCACCUGUACGAACCUUGUAAAACCAUGGAAUUAACAUCAACAAUUCCAUCAAGUAAUAAAAAUGUAACUUUCGUUCCUGAAGAUAAGUCAGAAGUGUAUACCACUGUGUUAAUAUUGGUUUCAGCAAUAUCAUUUUUCUGUAUUGGAUUGGCCAUUUUCAUCAUUAAAAAAUGGAAAGAAAGACAGAGAAGGAAAAGCAGAGUAAAAAGAACAGAUGGAUGUAGUGGACAAGAAGAACACGAACAAUUUAUUACUACAUAUUGUGCCCAUAGUGAACCAAAGGUGACGAAGAAUAAAUCCAAAAAAGAACAACAAUUUUUUUUCCAAAGUAAAACAAAAGCAGUCUGUAAAAACGAUGUCGUGAAUGAGAGAGAGAGGGGGGAUAGAGAGAAAGAUGCAGCCCCUUAA